UUUUGAGUUCGGAUUAAGAUCAUUAGUAUUCGCUAUUAUUAUGGAGACGAUUUCUCCACAUCCCAGCUGUCAAUUGUCAACAGUGUGUCACCUUUUUCCCCCUCCCCCCUUUCCAUUCGGUGGGAUCGGUCGCGAAUCACGAUAACUUCACGUCUUCCCUUCCCGUGCCAACUAUCCCAGCUGGAGCAGGGGCAAUCCUCCUGGCCCAUCUAUCUGGGGUUUAUUGGGGCGAGCCGAUCGCGUUGCUGCUGCCUGUCGCGGCGAACCCGUUUUUAGACUAACGAUAACCUGAUCCUCGCCCGUUUUCCAGCCUUCUCCCCGAUGCGCGUCCUCCUCCCCUGACCAUGAAGGCUGCCAGCAAGCAUUUCUGCUGCACCAUCUGUCAGCGGGGUUUCACCCGCAUUGACCAUCUGAAACGACACCAUCUCCGCCACUCCGGCGUCAGACCUUACUCUUGUGUCUUCUGCAAUGAAUCCUUCGCCCGUUGUGAUAACCUCCGCGAUCAUUACUCGGACUGCGCCAAGCGCGGGGAUCAAAAGAUUCCCGAGACAGGGCAGAGAGGCCGAAGGCGACAUGCCUGUCAAUCAUGCACAUCGAUGAAGCUUCGGUGCGACGGGCUAAGCCCCUGCAGCUCAUGCCGGAAGAGGAAUUUGCACUGUAAUAAUGACCGCAAGAAGUCGGCUGACACCCUGGAGCUGGACUCGGGCUCGACUCCCCCUACGAAGCGUGAAGAUUACGCGUCGUCGUCGUCAGAUCGCGGAUCGAUCAAGUUUCUCCUCAACGGUGGUACCGACAGUUUUACAGAAGAGUUCCUCCUACCUCCUGGCAGCGAUCGCGCCCGCGGCCGUGAGUAUCAAAACCAGAAGGGGCUGCAAGAAGUCGGUCGCACGAUGCUAGGCUACCGUGUGGGGAACAAUCAAGCAGAUUGUGCGCCAGCUUUUGUCGAAUCCGACCCUGCGGCCCUUUCUUUUUUCCAAGAUACGUUCCUGGAUUUCUUCAAUGGCCCUUUUGGGAAUGUGCCCAAGAUAGUCGAGACUCCAUUCGCAGGUCAGCCCUACCUGUCUGCGGUCGUUCCUCCUGUACAAGACCCCAACCUCGCACUCGCUGCGCAGCAACCAUAUGAACCGGAGGAGCCAUUCGCGACCGGGCUCUAUCAGGCCAUCUUGGCACGAGCAUGGUCGAUCCCACUCGAUGCCAGGGCACAAGAACGAUUGUCGACGGAUCUCAGCUUUCUGCUCACGCCCUCGCGUAUCCGCAAGUUUGUGUCAAUGUAUUUGAAAUACUGGCAGCCGAGUUGCGCCAUGGUCCACCUGGCUUCACUGAAUUUAGACACGGUUGCCUUGCCGUUGCUUGCAGGCCUGGUAUUUAUGGGCGCCAUGUACUCCUCUGAUGAGCAGGAGACGAAUGCCGCAAAACGGCUGCUGGACAUUAUAGAACUCUACAUCUUCUCCAGCGAAACAUAUUCCGCUGAGACCGAAGUGGCGUCAACAUUCUGCGGACGGCGGCCCUUUGAUAAUGGAACUAAUGACUGGGUUCAGUUCCAAAACUUCCAGGCCGGCUUCAUAAUAGUCAUAGUGCAGUACUGGUCGGGAAGCCAUGGGUCGCACAAUCGAGCGAUGGAAAACCGCUUCAGCGAAGUCAUCAAGGUCGCACGUCGAAUGGGUCUCCCAAAGUCCCGCCAUCAACAGCGCCAUGUGACUCCAGAGUAUCAAUGGAUCCAGACCGAGUGUCGCAUUCGUACGAUGAACAUCAUUCUCCUUCUUGACUGCGCGUUUUCAUUCUUCCAGAACUACCCUUGUCGUCUAACCCACACUGAAGUCGAAUGCGAUUUCCCCUGCGCCGAGUCACUCUUCGCUCUCGAGCACCCAUACACUGACCUCAGCUUCCAACCCUCACGGGGAAUUACUAUAUCAGAAGCGUUUCAUAAUUUAUUUGAAGACGAGCCCAAGGACACGAUGCCUUCAACACCGGACUCGACAACUUCUGGCAGUAUGGCAAGCAUGACAGUGCUCGACAUGUUUAUCCUGAUCCAUGUGCUGUACACCUUCAUCAACUCGCACAUGACCCUUCUGGGUCCUAUCAUCCGCAAGGCCCAGCUCUCCCAACCUAAGCACCUCUUCAGCUUUGAUCCUCCAGAGAAGGGACGCGCUCGAGCGAUUCCAGAGGAUUCCAUGCUAGGUGGUAUUCGGGCGGCGCUAUCACGAUGGCGCGAGCAUUGGGUGACCCUGCGCAACACGGUCUCACGAAGCGAAUGGGCCUCGAUGGGCUUCUUCAAGAACGGCUAUAAUUUCUGGCUAGUGUCGCAGCUGCUUAUAACGAAGAAGGAGAGUCUGGAUGUGGUUAUGCAGAUGGAGGUCAAGUGUGAGGAUAAGUUGGAAAAGUUGAAGGUUCUGCUGCUGGAUGAGAACGAUUGACAUGUAUUGCACAAACUUCUCUCCUUGAUAUGGAUGAUAAUGUGACAUACGGUAGGUACAUAUCUUUAUUUCAUGCCUGGUGUCUGGAGCAAGGUGUCUGGAGCAAAGUUUGAGGUGGGAAACACCCAGUGAUUGUUCAUAGCCCAAUGUAUCACACCUGCAAUGUACUUAUAUCAGCACACAAGAGAUUUAUUAUUCUG